AUGUCUUUUCUCCAAAACUACACAUCUUGGCCUGUGAAUGCCACCGCGAGUAGGUCCGAUGAGUGUAUCGUUGUUGGUGACAUUGUGCAUAUCGUCUUCUGCUCUCUCGUUAUCCUGUCUGGCCUGCCUGGUAACUGCCUCAUCCUCCGUGUAUACUGGGCCAAGCCACGCAAGACCAGCACCCAUGUCCUGAUCAUGGGGCUAGCCUGCACCGAUUUCACCACCUGUCUACUUUUGGUUCAUGCCAUUCUCUCAAACUGCAUCUUCGGUAUUGGAGACUCUCCAACACCCAUGCUCAUACUUCGGUAUUUCCUUCUGUGUUCGGUUACUGUCUCGGUCCAGAUAACUUGCCUGAUUGCCAUGGAUCGUUAUGACUGCGUGUGUCGGUCCACUCGUCGCAUGUUGAACUACCGUCGGGUACUCGUCUUAGUUCUGGUAGCAGUUAUCUAUUCCGUGUCCACCACGGGCAUGUACUUCGCUGUGCAGGCAUAUCACAAAGACAGCACUCUGAUACCGUUGAUCAUGCUGUCAGUUCAACUGAUAGGCUAUGUCAUCGCAGCGUUCACCAAUGGUAUCUGCUACGGGGCAGUAUAUUGGACUAUUCGGAAUCACGUCAAGGUCAGGAUUGCAGCUCCGGCAGAGGCCAUACCUCGGCGAGCUCGGAACGAGUCUAGUCCGAUCGAGAUGACAUGGGUGACUGCAAACUCUGGUGGAAAUGACGACGCCUCCACAAUGGCAGCUGUGUUACCCAACGCUGGAGGCGCUCGUCGAGUCUGUGCCCUUGAAGAACUGACAGACAGAAACAGCGAACCAGGUCCUUCGACGAAUGUGCUCGAUCGCCGAUCUUUGAAGGCUUAUGAUUCACAGAGGAACUGUGCCAAACAGUUCCGCACUCCGCCAGACUGUACCCUUCAAGCGCCCUCUACCGCUCUGCGCGCCCCAAGAGCGUCAGCAGUUGUCAUGCAGAGGAAAACGACCCGGAUGUUACUGGUGACCAAUGUGGUGUUCCUUCUGGCCUGGGUCCCAUACUGGAUCUACGUAGGAUCCCUGUUUGCUACCAUCGGGGAAGUCAAGAUACCAGACGGGACGGCUUUUCUGUUCGAGAAGUUAGCGUACAUUGAGUAUCUGAACAGCGCUGUCAAUCCGUUUAUUUACGGAGUUGCUAACAAGCGGUUCCGAAAGGAUUGCAAAGAGGUUUUCGAGAAAUGUAAAUAUUGCUGA